GUCCCUCUGCCUUUCCCCAUGUCUCAUGGCACCACCACCCUGGCCUUCAUGUUCCAGGGGGGAGUGAUAGCUGCAGCAGACACACGGUCCAGCUGCAAUGGGCUGGUUGCCUGCCCAGCCUCACAGAAGAUCCUGCCUGUCCACUCCCACUUGGUGGGCACCACCUCGGGCACAUCUGCCGACUGUGCCCUAUGGAAGAGGAUACUGGCUCGGGAGCUCCGGCUUUACCAGCUCCGCCAUGGCAGAAGGCUGUCCACAGCUGGCGCUGCCAAGCUACUAGCCCACAUGCUGCACCCGUUUAAGGGCACUGAGCUGUGUGUGGCAGCCACUCUGUGUGGUUGGGACGGAGGUGAGUUGGAGACAUGUCCUCUUGAGCAUGGCAGCAAAGGGGCGGAUCAGCAAGAGAACAAAUCAAAGAUGGGGAAUGAAACAGAUGAUCUGGCAAAGACAUCAGAAAGUGACUCAAUCUCUGAAGCAGAGGCACGGGGAAGGAAUCCGUGCCUCUCACCAGCCAUGAGUCAGCAGCACUGUUCUGCUGGAGGUAAACAGCUAGUGCUCUCUGGCCCCAGCUUGUACUACGUCUGCAGUGACGGGACUCGCCUGCAGGGAGCGCUGUUCUCUGUGGGCUCUGGCUCACCCUAUGCCUACUCUGUGCUGGACGGAGGGGUACGGUGGGGGCUGACGGUGGAGGAGGCCAUCUCACUGGCCAGAGAGGCUGUGUACAGGGCCACACACAGGGAUGCAUACUCUGGGAACUGUGUGGAUGUGUACCAUAUCACCUCACAUGGGUGGACUCGCAGGGACAGAGAGGAAUUGAGAGAGGAGUAUUACAGAGAGAAGGAGAGAGAACGAGUGAAGGUGAAGGAAAGGAGGGAGAAACAGGAAGGAGUGGAAGAUGGGCAGAGCAGUGGUAGAAAGAAGUGA